AUAAUUCUGUGGUCACACUUGCUUUGUUAUUCUAUAAAAAUUGGUGGACACGGGAAAAAAUACAAUUUAAACGAUGGACGAGUUAUUGAACGACGUUGUACCACAGGAAGACUUAGAGAAGUUUGAAAAAAAAUAUCAUCACGAGCUAGAGUUGGAUGGAGAAGUGACUACUGAGACAAAGUUUGAAUAUGCAUUCUGCUUGGUUCGCAGUCGCUAUACAAAUGAUAUUAAAAAGGGAAUCAUGAUUUUAGAGGAGUUAGCCCGUACACAUCCUGAUGGCAGACGUGAUUAUAUUUAUUAUUUAGCAUUUGGCAAUGCUCGUAUUAAGGAGUAUACAUCGGGCUUAAAAUACUGCAGAGCUUUUCUGGAUAUCGAAUCGAAUGAUCAAGUCCGCUCUUUGGAGGAAUAUAUAAAAAAACAAAGUGAUAAGGAAAUUGCUAAGGGUAUGGCGGUUGCUGGAGGAGCCGCUCUUGUACUCGGUGGAAUAUUGGGACUAGGAAUCGCUAUGGCUAGAAAUAAACCAAACCGGGAGAAAUAAUGUAGUCAACGGUUUUGUGCUGAAUCUUAACUUCUUUCGUAGCUGCGCAACAUCAAGCUGACUUAACAUUUAUGAUACAUCUUUCUUUAUGUAGAUUUCAGUAUUGACACGUUUUCCAUAUUUAUAUAUUUGUUACGUUUUAAGCACCCUAUUGUCCCCUCUGAUUAUCUUUGGCAUUUCAAUCAUCCGUUAGUUAUUGGUCAAUCCGUGCUUAUAUGGUAAAAACCGAAGACAACGAUUUUCAAUAAAAAAAAAAACU